AUCUUUCAUAGCCAAUAAUUAAUUUGUAAUUAUAAUUAAAUCACUGAAAUAAAAUAAAUUCAAAAGAAAAAUUCCUUGUUCCAAAUUUUGGUUUCGUGUGUGUAUGUAUUGCAGGCUGUGUAGUCUUCAGAAACAUUCCUCCGACAUGUUCAACCUUCAAACAUUCUUCACCUGUAAAUAAAUAAAAAAAAAUUCUUUAAUCUCCACGAACACAUUUGUCAUUCGAUUGUAGCGCCUAAUCAAGAUUCAAGAUCGAAGUUUUGCAAGUAACGAGCGGAGCGAAAAAAACUUUGUAUCAUGUACUUAUCAACUUCGAAAACUGGUUCAUGGGGUGCGGUGUGUUCAAUAUUCUUGGUCUUAGACGUGAUCAUGAUCACAGGUGCUUCCGUUGUAGCCGGAGAUUCUCUGGACACAGACAGAGAAGUUCUGCUGAGCCUCAAAGCAUUUCUGCAGCAAAAGAACCGCGUAAACCAAGGAAUAUACUCGCAGUGGAACCAGCGCAGCAGCAACCCCUGCGAGUGGCUCGGAAUUUCGUGCAGCAAUGACAGCAAGAGAGUUAGCCGUGUUGAGCUCUCCGACCAAAAAAUCACCGGUGAGAUUUUCCGAAACUUCUCUGCCCUUACAGCACUUUCGUACCUCGACCUCUCGAAGAACACAAUAAGCGGAGCACUCCUGGAGGACUUGAGUCAAUGCCACAGCCUCAGACACCUCAAUUUGUCACAUAACAUUAUUGAUGGCGAGCUGAACUUGAAUGGUUUGAAUCAGUUGGAGGUUCUUGAUUUGACUGUCAAUAGAUUUUACGGCGAUUUGAAGAUGACCUUUCCCGGAGUUUGCAGUAACCUAGUGGUUGCGAAUCUUUCAGCGAAUAAUUUCACCGGAAGGAUUGAUAACCUGUUUGAUGAAUGCUACAAUUUGCGGUACUUGGAUUUGAGCUCAAACUAUCUUAGUGGUGAGAUAUGGAGUGGAUUCAUCAGGCUUACGGCGUUUUCAAUAUCCGAAAACUAUUUCAGUGGCGCUAUUUCGCCUUCUGUUUUCACAAAUAAUUGUAGCCUGGUAGCUUUGGACUUGUCAGUAAACAGUUUUUCUGGUGCAGUUCCUGCAGAGAUUUCGAAAUGCCAGAGACUGAUCAUAUUGAAUCUUUGGGGGAACCAUUUUACGGGGCCAAUCCCGCCUGAGAUUGGAUCAAUUUCGGGACUGCAGGGCUUGUUCUUGGGUAACAACAGUUUUUCUAGAGAUAUUCCUGAAUCCCUUUUGGAUUUGAGCAGCUUGACAUUCUUGGAUUUGAGCAGGAACAACUUUCGCGGCAAGAUACAAGACAUUUUUGGGAGAUUCAGACAGGUGAAGUUUAUUUUGCUGCACUCAAACGGGUACACCGGUGGGAUCCAUUCGUCUGGGAUUCUCAAGCUACCAAAUGUUUCCAGGUUAGACCUCAGCCACAACAAUUUUACAGGUCCUCUGCCACUCGAAAUUUCUCUGCCGAAGUUGAAGUUAUUUGUCCUCGCCUUUAAUCAAUUCAGCGGAACUAUACCACCGGGCUAUGGAAACAUUUCGACCCUCCAAGCCCUGGACCUUUCCUUCAACAGCCUAACCGGUGCAAUUCCUAGCACCCUCGGAAACUUGAGCUCUCUCUUGUGGUUGAUGCUUGCCAACAAUUCCCUAACCGGUCCAAUUCCACACGAAUUGGGAAAUUGUAGAAGCUUGCUGUGGCUUAAUCUCGCGAAUAACAAGCUCUCCGGGCCAAUCCCAUCUCAGCUAACAAUGAUUGGGAGAAAUGUUCAGCCAACAUUCGACAUGAAUAAUCGGGACAAUGAUCAGAUCAUAGCGGGAUCAGGCGAAUGCUUAGCGAUGAAGAGAUGGAUUCCUGCAGAUUACCCACCAUUCAAUUUCGUGUACACGAUCCUGACUAGGAAGAGUUGUCGAAGCAUAUGGGACCGGCUGCUUAAAGGAAAAGGCCUAUUUCCCAUAUGUGCAGCUGGCUCUUAUGUACGGACACUUCAAAUCUCGGGUUACGUUCAACUGAGUGGGAAUCAGCUUUCGGGUCAGCUCCCUGCAGAUAUCGGUACAAUGAGCAAUUUUAGCAUGAUAAAUUUGGGUGUCAAUAGAUUCCAAGGCGAACUCCCUGCAAAUAUUGGUCAGUUGCCACUUGUAGUGUUCAACAUCAGCAGGAACAAUUUUUCGGGUCAAAUUCCAGAGGAGAUUGGGAAUAUUAAGUGCAUGCAGAAUCUUGAUAUGUCAUAUAACAAUUUUUCUGGCACGUUUCCUCUGAGCCUGAACGGCUUGAAUGAGCUAAGUAAGUUCAACAUUUCGUACAAUCCGCUCAUUUCCGGCAUAAUUCCUUCGAUCGGGCAGUUGGCAACGUUCGAGAAAGAGUCCUAUCUCGGUAACCCCCUUCUGCAGCUUCCCGAAUUCAUCCACAACUCCACGUAUCCAGAAAACAAAACGAAAGGGAAUCCGAAAAAGCCUACAAAAUCUGCUGCACUUAUGGUGGUCUUCGGUUUGCUAAUUGCUCUCUUAAUCUGUGGAGUUUUGUCACUUGUAGCAUGCUUAUUCGGAAAGAGCCGGCCACAGCCCCCAGCAUGCUUGUUGCAGGACAUCAAAUACCGGCAUGACUUGGCCUCGAGCUCUAGCAGUUCAUCCCCGUGGCUGUCGGAUACUGUUAAGAUCAUUCGUUUGGACAAAAUGGCUUUUACACAUGCUGACAUUUUGAAAGCUACACGCAAUUUUUCGGAAGAUAGGAUUAUUGGGAGUGGAGGGUUUGGGACAGUGUACCAAGGAGUAUUGCAGGAUGGGAGAGUAGUAGCGGUGAAGAAGCUUCAAAGAGAAGGACUCGAAGGUGAAAGGGAGUUCCGAGCUGAAAUGGAGGUUCUUAGUGGGAAUGGCAUUGGCUGGCCUCACCCAAACCUUGUAACUCUUCACGGCUGGUGCCUUUAUGGAUCCGAAAAAAUACUAGUCUACGAGUACAUGGAAGGCGGGACCUUGGAGGAUUUGAUAUCUGAUAGAGUGAGACUGACAUGGCGAAGGCGAGUUGAUGUGGCAGUUGACGUGGCUCGAGCCUUGGUGUUUCUACACCACGAGUGCUUCCCUUCCAUCGUGCACCGCGAUGUAAAGGCGAGCAAUGUGCUGCUAGAUAAGGAUGGAAAGGCGAGAGUUACAGAUUUCGGGCUUGCCAGAAUAGUGGAUGCAGGGGAUAGUCAUGUGAGCACAAUGGUGGCGGGGACUGUUGGUUAUGUCGCUCCCGAAUAUGGGCAGACAUGGCAAGCCACGACGAAAGGAGACGUGUACAGCUACGGAGUUCUGGCAAUGGAAUUGGCGACCGGAAGGAGAGCGGUGGAUGGAGGAGAGGAGUGCCUUGUGGAAUGGGCAAGGAGGGUAAUGGGAAAUGGACGGCAAGGAUUCAACCAGUCUGUGAUACCGGUUAUGCUCAUGGGGUCCGGGCUGGCCGAUGGGGCGGAGGAGAUGUGCGAGCUGCUUAAGGUGGGCAUAAAGUGCACGGCGGAGGCACCGCAGUCAAGGCCAAACAUGAAGGAGGUUCUAGCUAUGCUGCUCAAGAUAUAUAAAGAUGAAAACAUAUAUAGUUUACAAAGUAACUAAUUUUUAUACUCAGAUUGUGUUUAUGUAAUUCUUUCUGUAAAGAAUCGAAUCAAUUGUGUCCAUAAUUAAACCAAAUGAAAUCAUCUUCCCCCUA